UGCUCCCCCAGUCCGGACGACCAAGCCAGACGUUGCCACGAUGUCGGGCCUUCGUUGGACUUGUCAGCGUCUGGAAGAGCUGACGGCGGUCCAAACGUACAAGAUCCUGCAGCUCCGAUGUGAAGUUUUCAUCGUGGAACAGAACAGUGUUGUGUUGGAGGUCGACGGCCGCGAUACGGCCGAGUCGUGUGUGCAUGUAAUGGGCUGGAACGACGUCGGCGACCUCAUGGCGUAUGCUCGCGUCUUAGGGCCUGGUACGAUCGACUCGAACCAAACGACGUCAGUCAUCGGCCGGGUGGUGACUCAUCCCAAGGCCCGAGGAUGCGGGGUCGGCAAGGCACUCAUUCUCGAAGCGAUCCGCGCCAGCGAAGUGAACUGGCCAGGUGCACAGUGUCAGCUCGGGGCUCAAGCGUACUUGGAGUCGUUCUACACAAAGCUGGGUUUCGAGCGGCUAGCGGACGUGGAACCAUACGAACAUCAUGGCAUUGCGCACGUCGAGAUGUGUCUGCCGCCAUCUCCCUCUGAUUAUUCUAGUUGAAGCUCAAAUAUACUAACGUUAGUAGUUAACCCCAAUCUCGCUGUCAUGAUACUGCCGUCGUGUUGCGUACUACGUAGUACAAGGCAGUUUGAUUCAC